GUUACAGGACAUUUCAGUUGACCUUCCCUGUUGAGGCGACAAUUGCUCCGCUAGCACGGAUGCUUGUGUAUACCACUUCACCCAGUGGGGAAGUCAUCGCCAGUUCAGCAGAUUUUGAGGUUGAAAGUUGCCUCCCCAAUAAAGUCAGACUGAGUUUCGUACCCAAGAAUGGCCUUCCUGCCUCCAACACACACCUGCAACUCCAUGCCUCACCAAGGUCCCUGUGUGCCCUCCGUGCUGUGGACAAGAGCGUUCUCCUCAUGAAGCCUGAAGAUGAGCUCUCUCCCAGCUCUGUGUAUGAUCUUCUCCCACUGAAGGAAAUACGGGGUUAUAACUUCAAAGACUACUACCUGGAAGAAGACAAUGUAAACCCUUGUGUGUCACUUGACAACAUGUUAUUAAAUGGAUUUGUCUACAUACCCAUUUCUCCUGAUGGCGAAGGUGAUGCCUACGACAUUCUGAAAGAAUUGGGCUUAAAAGUCUUCACUAGCAGCAAGAUCCAUAAGCCUGAAAUCUGCCAGAAUUAUCCAGGACACAUGAUGGAAAGGAGUUACAGUGUCAGCGCAUUGCAUCUGCUCGAAGAUUCAGACUAUGGAAUGAUGGAACAUAUAUCUGCUGACAAUCCUGUGGAGACCGUCCGGAAGUACUUCCCUGAGACAUGGAUCUGGGACUUAGUUUCUGUGAACUCUGAGGGAAAUGCUGAUCUAGAUGUGACCAUCCCUGACACCAUCACCGAGUGGAAAGCCAAUGCAUUCUGCACUUCGGCAGACACGGGCUUUGGCCUGUCUCCAACAGUGUCCCUCAGAGCCUUCCAGCCCUUCUUUGUAGAGCUCACCAUGCCCUACUCCGUAGUGCAUGGUGAGUCCUUCACACUGAAAGCCACCGUUUUCAACUACCUGGCUGCCUGCAUUAGGGUCAGCGUGUCUCUGGCUGAAUCUACUGUUUUCCUGGCUACACCAGCAGAGAAGGAGGAAGAAUCCCACUGCAUCUGCACAAAUGAAAGGAAAACUGUGGCUUGGGCAGUAACACCAAGGUCUCUAGGGCAGGUGGAGUUCUCGGUGAGCACUGAGGCCCUGCAGAACCAGCAGCCCUGUGGGAACGCCAUCGUGGAGACUCCUGAGGAAGGGCGGAAGGACACGGUCAUCAGACAGCUGCUGGUGGAGCCGGAAGGGACUGAGGUGGAAACUACCUACAACUCUGUGCUCUGUGCAUCUGGUGACAUCAUGGGCACUGCCAUGCAGAACCUGCACCAGCUCCUCCAGAUGCCCUUCGGCUGCGGGGAGCAGAACAUGGUCCUGUUUGCACCCAACAUCUAUGUCCUGGACUAUCUGAACAAGACAGGGCAGCUGAGUGAGGAGGUCAAGUCCAAGGCCAUCGGAUACUUAGUGAGCGGGUACCAAAGGCAAUUGAACUACAAACACUGGGAUGGUUCUUAUAGCACCUUUGGGCCCCGUUAUGGGCAAGUUGGCAAUACCUGGCUCACAGCCUUUGUCCUCAAGUCCUUUGCCCAGGCCCGGCCUCACAUCUUUAUAGACGAGAAGCACAUCCAGGAUGCUCUGGUCUGGCUCACUCAAAAGCAGAAGGAGAAUGGCUGUUUCCGCAGUGCUGGGACACUCCUGAACAAUGCCAUGAAGGGUGGAGUGAACGACGAGAUCACACUGACAGCCUACAUCAUUAUUGCACUGCUGGAGAUUCCUCUGCCUGUAACC